AUGGGCCGUAAACCAAGAAAGAGCAUAGUGCCACCAAAUAUUCUUCGGAAGGCGCAUGAUGAAGACUUUUUGAAUUUUGAAGAGUUUGAAGUCGAAACGACAUUAAAAUCUAACGAUACAACUUAUAUUCCACCUGAUACUGAUAAAGAAAACUUUCCCACCGAAGAAUCAGGAAACAGACGAAGGUUACGGAAUACUAAAGCAAGGCGAGAAGUUAAACAGCAGACUGACUCUGUUACAAUGCGAGGUAGACGUAGAAAAGAAGCUAUUUUGGAUGAUGAAGUAAGUUUUAAGUUUGUUUUAUAUUUUUAGGUAGAUAAAUUGAUUCUUUUCUACCUGAAGGCCGAAAAUUGAUUGCUGAUUAUUUUUUAGGUAAACAGAGAUGAGGAUAAUGGGCCUGUGGAAAGUAGCUUACCGUUGGAAGAUGGUGUGGAUGGAUCUAAGGAAGAUAAAGACGCGUCUAAUAACGAUAAAACGCCUCUUGUGGAUAAAGUACAACAACCGGACCCAAGUACACUUGAUACAGAUAAUUCUUUAGUUGAAACGGAACAAAUAGAAGACAAAGAAGAAGGUUCAUGUACACAAAACAAUUUGGAAUUAGGGCUAGAAGAAAAAACUGACAAAGAAAGUAAAGGUAAUGAAGAAAAAGAUACAGAAGAAACGGGAAAGAAAAAAGCUGCUGAGGAAGCAAGAGAUGAUGAAGAAGCAGUUAUAGACUUGAAAGACGGAGAUGAACUCUCAAAAGAUAACAAUAUUCAACCUUCUGGUCGAGUUAUAGUAAGGUAUAAUGGAAAGAGAUGCAAGAGGAACAGGGUCUUCAUUGUAACAGAUUGUGAGUUUAUUUAUAAAUUAACUAAUGAUAUAUUUAUUUUUAUUCUAAAGUUAUUUUAGAUGUAUUUAAAUCUUAUAAUGCAAAUGUUGAUAUUAUACUUGUUUCAGUGCACCCAACAUUGAAAGUGUCUCCGCCAAAAAAGUCCUGUAUGAAGGCAGAUACCUCUGAAGCUUCGCAGAAUUCGAAGACAUUCAGUUGGGCGGAUUCGAAGGACAAUCAGCCUCGUGAGUUUACUCUUGACCUUAAUUUAGUCUUGGUUUAGUCUGUGAACAAAAGGAGUUCGAGGAAGAUGGCUUCUCUCAUAACUUCCGAAAGACCACCAAACGUCAAGUACUUUAUAACGACAACAUAUAG